CAUUCUGCAAUUUUACCUAUCCAUUUUCUAUGCUCUUCUCAACUUUCUCUUCAUCAUCAUCAUCAUAAAAAAGUUAAUCUUUAUCACUCUGCACCCAAAAAUUUUCCCGGAAAAUAGAACCAUUUUGAAAAUGCAAGAAUCUGAGGAAGAAAAUCCUGACCUUCCUCCCAAUUCAAAGCCACAGGAGGAACAUGGGUUUGCCAUGGAUUUUGAUAUUGACCUGGAAAGUUCAUGGCCCUUGAAUCAUAUAUCUUUUCUCUCUAACCCCAUGUCUCCUAUUCUCUUAUCCAACAUCUCUGAACAACCUUUGUCUCCUCUCUUGGCUUUUUCUGAUGUUGAAGAUGACAGGCAUGUCAUGAUUGCAGCUUCAGGUAAUACAAAUACAGUAACUGAAAAUGCAGUUGAAAAUGAUGACAACAAAAAAAUUGUGUCACCCCUUGUAGCUCUACCACCUUUAGAAACCCCAUAUGGUUAUUGUCUAAUCAAGGAAAGAAUGACACAAGCACUUCGCUACUUCAAAGAGUUGACUGACCAAAAUGUUCUGGCUCAGAUUUGGGCACCUGUGAGGAAUGGGAAUAGGUAUGCACUUACAACUUCAGGACAACCAUUUGUUCUUGAUCCACAUAGUAAUGGACUACAUCAGUAUCGAACGGUUUCCUUGUUGUAUAUGUUUUCUGUGGAUGGGGAGAAUAAUGAAAUACUGGGACUUCCUGGUCGGGUUUUCCAGCAGAAAAUACCAGAAUGGACACCCAAUGUUCAGUAUUAUUCUAGUAAAGAGUAUCCACGCCUAAAUCAUGCUCAACAUUACAAUGUUCGUGGAAGCUUGGCUCUGCCUGUGUUUGAACCUCCAGGGAAGUCAUGUGUUGCAGUACUGGAGUUGAUAAUGACUUCACAGAAGAUUAACUAUGCUCCUGAGGUUGAUAAAGUCUGCAAAGCCCUUGAGGCAGUUAAUUUAAGGAGUUCAGAAAUUUUGGAGCAUCCAUACAUUCAGAUUUGCAAUGAAGGCCGCCAGAAAGCUUUUGCAGAGAUUUUGGAGAUAUUUACAGUCAUGUGUGAAACUCAUAAUUUACCAUUGGCACAAACAUGGGUUCCCUGUAGGCAUAGGAGUGUUUUGACCCAUGGUGGUGGUCUUAAGAAAAGUUGCUCUAGUUUUGAUGGUUGUUGCAUGGGGCAAGUUUGCAUGUCUACAACUGAGGUAGCUUUCUAUGUCAUAGAUGCUCACACAUGGGGGUUCCAUGAGGCUUGUAUUGAGCAUCACUUACAACAAGGUCAAGGGGUUGCUGGGAGGGCAUUUUUGUCCCACAACAUGUGCUUCUGUGGAAACAUUACCCAAUUUUCCAAAACUGAUUAUCCCUUAGUACAUUAUGCUCUUAUGUUUGGGUUAACCAGCUGUUUUGCAAUCUGUUUACAAAGUUCUCAUACUGGAAAUGAUGAUUAUGUAUUAGAGUUUUUUUUGCCUCCUAUGAUCACAAACUUUUAUGAACAAAAAACUUUGUUGGGAUCCAUAUUGGCAACAAUGAAGCAACAUUUCCAGAGUCUUAAGAUUGCUGGUGGUGGUGAACUUGAUGAGAAUGGUUCAAUUGAAAUUAUAGAAGCAAUAAAUGGAAGAGUUCAUUUGAGGCUUGAAUGUAUUCCAAUUACUCCAUCUGCUAAAUCACCACCUAGACCUGAUGCCUCACCAAAUAUGGGGGUGGGGGUGCCACUAGGUACAUUAGAACAGCAAAUAAUGACAUACUUUGAUGACAUAAAUGAUGGUGGAAAUCUUGGUCAAAAUGCAGGUGGAAGCAUUGAUAAGAUCUCUUCCUUAGAGACCAAAAUAAAAAAGAAACCCUCAGAAAGAAAACGUGCAAAAGCUGAGAAAUCAAUUAGUCUUGAAGUUUUGCAAAGUUAUUUCACUGGGAGUCUUAAGGAAGCCGCGAAGAGCCUUGGUGUUUGCCCUACUACAAUGAAGCGCAUCUGUAGGCAGCAUGCGAUACCCCGUUGGCCAUCUCGAAAGAUCAAAAAGGUUAACCGUUCACUGUCCAAGCUCAAGUGUGUUAUGGAAUCAGUCCAUGGUGCUGAAGGAGCAUUUGAUUUGAAUUCUGUAAGUACAAGUUCACUUCACAUUGCUGCUGGUUCCUUUACUGAGCCUUCUACUUCAAACAAGUUCAACCACCAAGCCUCAUUAAGCAUUAGGCCAUCAGAACCUAAGAUGAAUGAAAAUGAUUUGGAUGCCUCUAGAGUUUCAGAAACAAACAGACAGAUUGGUAUGAAAGAUCAAUUACUAGGAGCAAGGACACAAAGUCCUGAGAAGGUGAUUAAUGACAAAGGUGGGUUCACUCAGGAGGUUGGCACUAACAGGUUUAGAAUUGGGAGUGGCUCAAAUGAAGGCUGUGGACAUGCAAAUCCUACUCCUCAUGGUUCAUGCCAUGGUACUCCCCCAAAUGAAAGUUCCCCUGCAAAAGAUGUAUUUAUAACAUGCAACAGUAAGCAAUGUCUUGUGUUAGAGUCAACAGUUCAGUUAACUGGUACACUGAACUGUGCAACUGCAUACCCUAUGCCUAAUGUUGUGACAACAGAACCCCAAGAACCAUUUGGAGGAAUGCUAACUGAGGAUGCAGGUAGUUCUAAAGACUUGAGAAAUCUGUGUCCUCCUGCAGAUGCUGUUUUGAAGGAUCAGGUUCUAAAAGCUUGUGGGAUUAAUCCUCCAUGUUCUGAUUUGGCUUCUAUGCAAUGCAAAAAUACUCUUAAUAACACUUUGACACCUUUUGUAGCUGGGAAAGAGAUGAAGCCUGUGACUAUUAAGGCAACAUAUAAAGAAGAUAUUGUAAGGUUCAGGGUCUCUUUGAACUGUGGCAUUGUGGAAUUGAGAGAAGAAAUUGCCAAAAGAUUGAAGCUAGAGGUGGGUACAUUUUAUAUCAAGUAUAUGGAUGAUGAUCAUGAAUGGGUUUCGAUAGCCUGUGAUGCAGACCUGCAGGAGUGCAUGGACAUUUUAGGAUCAUUAGGCAGCAACAUAAUCAGGCUUGUGGUGCAUGAUACAGUGUCCAUUCUUGGAAGCUCAUGUGAGAGCUCAGGGGGGAGUGAGUAG